AUGCACGAACGAAAUACGAGGCUGCGGCCCGGUGACCUGGCGAAGUUGAAGGUGACAGUGCGGCGAGCCGAGGCAGAAGCCGAGGCAGACCGAGCCUUGGCGCAGUUGGGAGAAGUCGGCGGAGGCCCUGGGGGCGCGGUGGGCAUUGCUGCCGCGGCGCUUCUCCUCGGGUUCUCCCAGUCAGAUUCCCUUGUGGAGCGGAGAAGGGCGGCUACAACACUGAGAAUCGCUUCAGAGCGGCCAGCUGCCCUUGAGGCCGCUGCACGACAGGCGGCCCAUGCGACUGGCGGCGGCGACGCACGGCGGAUGAUCUUCUAUUGCAUUGUCAUUUCUCUGGAGAGUGGAAACUGGGGCCUUCUGGAGCUCGCAAGCACGCCCUCCCACAGGCACAGGACCGCAGUGAGUUUCUAG